ACGAACACCGCAACAAGACGGACAAACAAACGCCGUAACAAUGACGACCACCAACAAAGCGCCGCACUCAGACGACGAAAUCACAAAACAAGAAAAACAAAACUAAAAAACUUAAUUUAUGUGAAAUCACUUAUUUAAAUGGAAAGAAAAUAAAAAAACAACUUAGAGGGGUGAUUUUGGGUCAAAAAUUGACCCAAAAACCACCCCUCCUUGGUGGAUGAUGAAGAUCAAUGAACUCUUACAAUCGUCUUCUCUUACAUCGCCUUGCUGAGAUAUUUGGGUUUGCACAUGAAUCUGCUGGUGGAGGAGAAUAUCGUCAUUUGAUUCUGGAGAGACGUCCAGAUACAUCUAUACCUCCUAUCCUUGUUAGCGAUAUCCUAGGGACGUACGAUGAACCUCAAUCUUUGGUUACAUCACACCAAAUAUUACGGAGAAAAGAAGCCUCUCCUGUUUCACAGACAAAUACAGCAUCCAUUCAGCAGACACUGGAGGAACGAAAAGCGGCUUAUUUACUUGCUCGUGAGCGGGUUGUUUCUAUGAAUUUGGAAGAGGCAAAAGAACCUUGUGAACAAAAGCCACGAACCGUGUCUGUGGUAGCCCGCCGAAUGAUUACGCAUGCACUAGGUCAAAGAAUCAACACAAAGAAUCCGAAUGAGUUGGUUAGUGAUAGUAUGAAGGAUAGAAUGCUCACGAAUGAAUUAAAUGCUCAAGAUAACAAUAGUGAAAAGUCAUAUCCAACCGAAGAUUAUGAAGAGUCUUCACAAACAAGCAGAACAAGAAACACUGGCAGUUCUACUUCUAUUGCAGCCUCACCGAAAAAGUGUGAGCAAAGUGGAAGUGAUCAAAAACCAGUUAACAAAGAUUCGCCACCAUUGUCUCGAGAUGGGAAACAAGGGGAAAGUGUGAGUAAGGAAUACAUGAAAAGGGAGCACUUGGGAGCUGCAAAGAGAAUGUUUGCUCAUGCUUUGGGAGUACACUCUGGGAAGGAUAGUUCUGUUCCUAGAAGUAGAAAAAUUCAAAAAAUGGAAGACAGAGAAUAUUUGUAGGAAACACAAUUACAUACCCUUUUUGUUUAACUUUCUAAAGAUUCUUGCUGAGAAGAAGCAGUUGAAGCCCCUCAUUGAGAAGGCUAAGCAGAAAACAAGCAGUUCUCGGUGAACAAGGCUGUCAGUUUAUAGACGAGGAUCACCAUAUAUAUCAUGUUGUACAUGAUUUUA